AUGCCGCAGUUGAAUGACGUUACGUCUGCUCCAUUUGGUAUUCCACAAGAAGGGAUGAUAAAGUCUGAACCAUCUGUGUCAAUCUCUUUGGUGCAAGAAAGGAUAACUGCUAAAUAUGGCUUUCAAGUUUCGUACAAAAAGGCGUGGUAUGCGAAGCAGAAAGCGAUGGAAAUUCUGUACGGUUAUACUCCAGCAAUGGUUGAUUUUGAAAGGAAUCUUGCGAGUUUCCGUGAAAGUAGUCCUCAAAUUGCUGAGUGGAUAGAUGCGAUUCCUAAGGAAAAGUGGUCGCGUGCCUACGAUAUUGAAGGACGAAGGUACGAUCAUAUGACAACAAAUUUGGCUGAAUCUGUCAAUAGGGUUUUGAAGGGAGCCAGAAAUAUGCCUAUAACAGCAUUGGUUAAGCAUACAUAUAGCAGAUUGGUUGCAUAUUUUGUUGAGAGAGGAACAAAUGCUCUUGCACAACUUCAAUCAGCUCAUCGUCACUCCAAACAUGUUGUUGAAUUGGUCAAGAAGAACCAGGUAGAUGCAACAGGCCACCACGUUCGUGCAUACAAUGUUGAACAUACUGUAUUCGAGGUUGACGCAGGUUGGGAACGUUCAUAUUCUGUCAACCUCCCACAGAGAUACUGUCAGUGUGGAAAGUUUAAGGCCUUUAAGUAUCCAUGUAGUCACGUUGUUGCUGCUGCGUUAAGUGUUAGGCAGUGUGCGUUCACUUACGUUGACGACGUCUUCUUGAUAAAUAACUUGGUCGAGGCUUAUUUUUUUCCGUGGGAGCCAAUCGGAAACGAGGAAGCAAUACCUGAAAUUAGUGGUGCAAAGAUUAUUCCUUAUUGUACUAUGUUGCGUGCAAAAGGUCGUCCAAAGUCAACUCGUAUCCGCAACGAGAUGGAUGAAGUUGAGACAAGCCAGAGCCGUAUCAGGUGUGGACUUUGCAAGGAACGCGGCCAUAAUCGUCGGCGAUGUCCAAGUCGUGGGAGAAACGAAUGA